UAUAUUUGCGUGCAUGGCCAACAGCAAAACGAUUCAACGGAGGAAGUCUUCCGUGAUAGGCUCGUUGAGCAGGCCAUGGAAGGUUUAGUCGCCCCAUUUGUGGCCGCUGCUUCGACGGCAUCGCUCUCACUGCCCCCAGCUUCGGACACGUUCGCGCAGCCAACUUUAGAGUCGAUAGCAGCUCGCUUCCUCGGGCUGUCGACGCCAUUCUAUCAGUUCUACACUGAUUUCGUGAGCUUGUACGAUGCUAUAUCCUUCUUGCACCCUCUGUUUGCUCGCCUGCUCCUGCGCCAGUGUCAAUGCGGUAUCCUCCAGACUUUCGCAAGCACCUGUGGGCCGAUUACAACCACAUAGUAAAGACCAUCCGUACGCCUCCUGAGGCAGUCAUCACGGCGAAUUUGGGUGAAUACCUUUGGCCGGUUGAGAUUAUUAACGUGCUCUUAUGAAUGGUUCAUUGGACGGAUUCGUCCGUCUGAAAGCAAUCCAUCAUAUCGCAUGCAAUAUUUGGCCUGAUCUUCAAGAGGGAGAAGAUGAAAAAGCGGAAAGGCUGCUCCUGGUGGUCGUUGACCACACUGGAUUGGAGGUGGUCCGCGAAGUAGUGCGCUAUUGGCAAGUGAAGGAAGGCACAAUUCUCCUCCCUCCUGCUUGCUAUUCGCAGGAGGGCGACUGGCAUAUAUCAAGAUUGGCUUUCGUACAGCAGCAUGGGGGUGACGCUUUGCGAGAGCGAUUGGAAGGCUUAUUGCAGAAGAGUUCAAGCUACCUAGAAGCAUUUCAAUGUAACAUAUAUUCAUGUAGCUGAUCUGUGUAUCGAUAGGUCCUGUAUAACUCUCGAG